AGCUCUUGUGUCCAUGACAAGUUUCCAAGGUGGAUAGCGGAAGCGCUGCUGCGCCAGACGCCAGCGUCAGAGGAUGGCACCACCGAAAAAGGCACCUGACGCCAGCACUGUGGACUUGCACGUCACCUAUGUGCCGCUGAGCGCUCCGAUGAACUUCACGGCUCCCAGGACCGUGUGCUAUGCGGCAGCCAACAGCGUGCACUUCUGGGACAUGGAGUCCAACUCCACGUCAUCAUUCCCAACUCCUACCUAUGGCAUUACCAAAAUGUGUGCAAAUGCCGAGAAGGGCUUGGUGGCAUUCUGUGAAGGAGGUGCUCAUCCGCAGGUCUAUGUGUAUAGUUGCUCACCUUACAAGCUCCUGUUCACCUUGUCAGACUUGGCAGAGCUUGAACUGGCAGAUAUGGCCUUCAGCCACUGUGGUUCUCGCCUCUAUGCACUAUCAAGGGCGACAUCGAAAAGACUCACAAUCUUUUCGAUGAAAACUGGGCGCUUGCUGCCUGGUUGCGAGUUGCAGCUGCCCUUGCGCUUUGACAAGGUCUCAGUCUACCCUGGCCACAAGGAUCACUUGGCGGUGGUGAGAAGCUCUACUGUGCGGAUGAUCUCCAUCACCAAGUCCUUUGAAACUUAUAUUUCAAAGCUUCAGCCCGCGUCCAUUCCCAGCGACGUGGACCUCGCCGUGUCGGCGUACUGCUGGACGGCCUCGGGGCACUUCCUGGUCGCCACUCGACAGGGCAUGCUUUGCACCAUGGAUGGAGCUACUGGAGCCUUGGUGUACAUUUGCCAGGCAGAACAGCCCAUCACUAGCAUCAUACUGACACAAGAAUACCUUGUCACAUCCCACAUUGGCAACACUCUCAAUUUUUGGGAGCUGCAGCCACAGGCGCUGGCGCGCUCGAGCCCGGAGGAAGUGCAGAGCUUCGCCGCUGGCCUGGCCCUAGCGCCGCAGAUGGCAUUGUCCACUGGGAUGUUUCAGCUGAAGAAGGUGGCCGACCUGGAGAGCGUGGGCACUCAACGCCUGGCACAUCGACUUCUGGGCCAGGUGGCUUCCUUACAAACGACUCCAGACUCCAAAGAAGCGGUGCUGACCACUGCAGAGGGAGAAGUUUGGACCAUCAAGCUGCCUUCCAAAAAGAGAGAAGACGCGGAUUCAGAAGCUGAUUUUGAAGAGGAUGACAUGUACGUACGAGCCGACCAGUUGCAGAUGGAGCUGCUGUGUUGGUUUCAUCCACACACGAUCACGAGCAUUUGCCCCAUUGGCACCGGGCUGCAGGUUUGCGCCAGUGCCGAUGAAGGUGGCAGACUACGACUGUGGCAGGUGAUUCGUGGUGAAGAUCCCAAGGGCUUCAAGCUCCUACGCUUCACCUCGGCCGUCACCAGUCUCACCGCCGAAGCACGCGGCAAGUUCCUCUUGGCAGGCACCGAUUCGGGCUGCAUUCACGCUGUCGCGGUGGAUCCAUGGCCAGAAGCACAGGUCAUUGACAGCAACCGGAUCAGUGAAGUGGGCAUUGCCAAGCUCUGCAGUACCAGUUCGGAGGACGGUCUGUCGCUGAAGGUUGCAGCCCUCCUCUUUGAUGGGAGGAUAGCGAUGGUGUCUUUCUCCCUGCGCGAACCGAAAGUGAAAAUGCUUGGGCUGGUGGAACACCUGGGCUCUGUGGAAGACAUCUAUUUCCACGAGCAGGAGAAGGCUGAAGAGCUCAAUAUGCCGCCAAAGCUGUUGGCUGUCGGAUGCACAAAGGACGCAUCUUGCAUGUGGUCAGUGCGAACGCCCAAGGACAGCUUCGAACCCCGUGACAUGGUGAUCCAUCGAGAGGCCAUGGGCUUUUGGUCCUCGAAGCUGAACUCUGACACGGUGGAGGGACGGCCCACCGCCGUGUGCUCCAUCUCCAAGUCGGAAGCCGCUGUGGGAUUUGCAAGUGGCGCGGUGACGAUCUAUGCAACGCCCACGCAUGUGGGGCUCAUGGUGAAGUCAGCUGCCACGCCAGUGAAGAGCCUUGUUCCACCGGGAGCACAUCAUCUCAUCAGCAGCCUGCAGACAAACUUGAGUUCUACGAUUCUGAUGGUGGGCUGCAUGGAUGGCUCGGUGCUGAAGCUUGGCAUUCCUGCGGGCGACGAGUUGCUGUGCAAGACCCUCCACAGCCCCUACAAUGGUGGGACCGCCCAGGUGGUUUGUAGUCGAGACAGCACUGUGGCCAUCAGCACCGGAGGUGCAGAUGGACUCCUGGUUUGGAGCGAACCGGGAUCCGAGAUCAGCGUGCCUGCGGACGACAGCCACCUCAAAGCGGAAGAGGAUGAGACCUUUGGGGAUGAGACCUCUGCACAUUUCGCCUUCGAGUUGGAUGACACCGACGUGAACGCAUUUCCGGUGUGGGUGCCACCUGCUGUUGCAGGUGCAGAUGCAACAAAAGGUGAUGACGAGGAGGUGGAGCUUUCUGAAGAAGCCGCUGCGAAGCGCAAGCUGAUGUCGCACGAGAUCGAAGCGUUGCGGAAGAAGCUCCGAAUCCUCAUUGAUCACAACAGCAAUGCACCAGAUCUGGAAAAGCUUGAGCGAGGUGAGUUCUGUGUCGACUUCGAGGAGCGUCAUGCCAUCGCCUCCAAGUCCAAGGAGCGUUGCGACGCCCUCCGCGCCGAGAUCGAGCACGAGAACGUCGCGAGGCAGUUGAUUCGAGACAGGCUCAUCAAGGAGUUUUGGGAUCCGAUGCGCGGCAAAGGGUGCCAGAUCACCUCCUUGACCUCAAGCUUGGCCGUGUCCAACUAUCCCGAGCGGACGGUGAGCGAGGAGGAAAGCACCAUCACCAGAAAGCUGAGAAUGCUUCGAAAAAGUGAGCAGCUGGAAUUCCAAAUGCUGAGAGGCUCUAGCUGCCCACCGGAGCUGAAGAAAGACCUGGUACUGGACGUGGACCACUUUGCUUCAGGCCGCGAGCAGUACAUGGUCAACUGGUGGCCUGGGGUGCACACCAAGGCCUCCGAAGCGCGGGCCAAGCAGUUGGCAGAAGUGGAGGCAGAGGUGAAGAGAAGAGCAGCGGAGAAGAAAGCCAAAGAAGAUGCCGAAAAGCAGAAGGAGAAGGACAAAGGCAAAGAUGCGAAAGGAGAAGAGUCAGGCAUCAAGACCAUUGAAGAGACGGGUUCAGGGACCAGCGCUGAUUCGAUUGUGGCUGAAGAGCAGAAGUUCUUGUACGAGCCCUUUGAGCUGGUCACCAACAGCAGAAGGCGUUUGCAGAUCCACUUGCUGCAAUCCUUAUCUGCGGACUACCGGAUGCACUUCAACGAGCUCUUCAAGGCCUGCCAAGGCGACAAGAAGAACAUCAUCGAUGGAAUCAAAGAGAAGUGUAGCCGCAUCCACCAGAUCUUAGGGGAGCUUCAGAUUGAGGAAGAGGUCCCAGAACCAACCCUGCAGGAGGUUGAGGACUCUGACUCAGUACUGAAGGUGCAGGACCAUGAGAUUGCUGUAGAAAAGUGGAUUUCUCCUGAAGAGAGAAAGGCCAGAGAAGAAGCAGCUGCAAAGGAGGAGGAGCGCUUGCGGCAGCUGCGGGAGAACGAUGCGGGUCAAAGAGCACUCGUACAAAUGAUGGGCGGUACCUUGAAGACGAAGAAGGACUUGACUCCUCUGGAAAUCGUUCUGGACAAAGAAGCCUGGAUGGAUGAGAUCCCAGAGGAGGACAUGACCGAGCUUCAAAAAGCUGCCUUCGCAGAGUAUCAGGCCAAAGAAAAGGCGUUAGCCGAAGCGCAGGAGGCUUACAAGAAGCAGCUUUCAGCAGAGCUGAAGAGCCUGCGAGCAGGAGUUCAAGAGUUGACCUUGCAGUUCGAGGGGCUGCUCAAAAGGCUUCACCAUGAGCGUUUUGCACACGACGCCAAAUUCCUUUGCCAAGAGCUGUACUGUGCGCGGCUUCAGCUUGCUCUACUACAAAAUGUGGAGGACAAUCUUGUGCGCGAGCAAGCUGAGCUGGAUUUGGAAGCAUCCAAAGCAAAAGUACUGGGCUGUGAACAAAGAGUGAACGACUUCACCGCAGAAGUUCAACGAGUGAAAGGGGAACAGGACGACCGUGCUCGCUAUGAGAAGGAGGUUUCCUCAGCGCAGCAUUUCAGGCAAGCGUUUGCCAACUCCACACUCGAGGCGAACGCCAUCACUACCUUGCUACAGCUCUUCAGGAAGAAGAGGGAGAAGGAUCUCAAUCGGGCCCGGUCCUUCGCGUCGGAAACCAACGAGGGAGCACGCACGGCACGGAAGAGUGUCUCCAACCUCUUCUCACCCAAAGGGGCUCCCUCCUACACCCCGUUCGACGUGGUGGCGGACCCCUAUGCUGACCUUGGUGCAGAGCCCAAGGCGGCCACAGAUGGGCAAGUGGAAGAUGACAUUCGAAUGGAGGACUGUCCUGAAGGCGUGGACGAGGACAGCUUCAAUCGGAUGCGCGAGCUUCGCUCGGAGAAGCUCCGUGCCGAAGCCGAGGUGACCAAAGGCGCCACGGUUCUGGCUGAGAUGGGUGGGUUCUUGGCUCAUUUGGAGCGGGAGUCUGCAGAGGCCAAGAGUGAUCGAGAUCGCUUGGAGCGCGAGCUACGAGAGCACAAGGAGUUGAUGACCCGAGAGCUGUAUGACAUUGAGAUACUCUUCAAGCUCAAGCAGGGCCAGGUUGAAGUGCCACAAGCAGCAGUGGUGACCGACUACUCUGAUGCGAUUGUCAUCGAUCAGGAGGUGGUGGAAUCCCGAAACAGCAGGAUAACGGAUCUUGGAAAGGACAAGGUUCACAUCCUGACCAAGAUUAAGGAGUUUAGAAAGUCCUUAAGCUUGCUGGACUGGGAGCACGAAAUGCUGGCCUUGCAAACCACCGACCUGGAGGAGCGGACCAAGGAUGUACAUAUGCUGCGCGUAACCAAGGACCUGCAAUCUUUGCUCAAAGGUGGCGAGGAAGGCAGAAAUAAGGCCGAGUCUGACUUGCUCGAGAGAAAAAUCGAGCAUGUGAGUGAGGCGACUGAAAAGAAGGAGCAGGCGCUGAAAAAACAGCACGCCAUGCUGGCUCAUGCGGCGAAGCUCCGAAAGAAUGAGAAUGGCAUGUUGGAGAAGAAGCUGCGAGAGCUGCAGCAGAACGUGAUCCAGCGUGAGCACAUCCGGCGUUUGCGGGGCCCGGCCGGAGGCGGCGGUGGAGCUCCGCAGAAGACCGGUGGAGGCGGCCGUGUGGAGGAAGAUGAGGGUGCGGCGAAAGCAGCGCGAACUGCCUUCAAAGAGUUGCGAAGUCGUCAAAGACUUAUGGAGGCUGCUAAGAAGAAUACGGAAGAAAUUGAGAUCCUGCACAAGGAGCUCGACCGAUUGCGACAAAGGACGUUCCCAUCCUUUGUCCAAUUGCACGAGGACAGGUCAGUCAACCCUGACUUCCGCUGAAGCCGCAUUUUCCUAAUUUUACUGAGUCUCUGUAAACAGAGCUCUCAGAAGUUUGUUUCACCAAAACACGGCUUGAAAUGUCAGAGCUUUUGCGGACC